UUUCUUUCUUUUCCGGUCAGCGAACAGACCUCCGCCAAAAUGAGGAAAAUUAUGAAACAGGGCAAGAUCGUAAUCGUCCUUAGCGGACGUUACGCCGGCCGCAAGGCCAUCAUCGUGAAGACCCAUGACGAUGGCACCCCAGAGAAGCCCUUCGGUCAUGCGCUCGUCGCCGGCAUUGACAGGUAUCCACGCAAGGUCACCAAGAAGAUGGGCAAGAACAAGCUGAAGAAGAAGUCGAAGGUUAAGCCUUUCCUGAAGAGCCUGAACUACAACCAUCUGAUGCCCACCCGCUAUACAGCGCACGACAUCAGCUUCGAGAAACUGUCGCCCAAGGACAUCAAGGAUCCCAUCAAGCGCAAGACGCAUCGUUUCCAGACACGCGUCAAGUUCGAGUCGGUGUACAAGGAGGGCAAGAACAAGUGGUUCUUCCAGAAGCUACGCUUCUAAGCAGCACAUCUCUGUGGAGGACUCUUGAUUUAAUUGUCGCCGUUUUUUUAAGGUUAAAUAAAAAACCAAUAAUGAUACAAACUGACCGAAACUUA